UUGGAGGUGAAGGACCGUCAGUCCCCUCUCUGUGUUUGUCGUCAAUGGCUUUAUGGACUUAUUUUAUUUGAAUGUCUGGGCUUUUUCAACACCAAUAAUGGAUAUUCUAUGGAUGUUAUGGAGCAUACCGGCCGUGAUAGCUGUUGAAGAGACGCUCAUGGAUUCCACCACAGCCACGGCGGAGCUUGGCUGGACAGUCUAUCCUGUGUCGGGGUCAAGUGACAAUAGCUGGGAAGAGGUGAGCGGUUACGAUGAACACAUGAAUACCAUCAGGACGUACCAGGUCUGUAAUGUUUUUGACAGCAAUCAGAACAACUGGGUACGGACAAAAUACAUCAGGCGUCGUGGUGCGCAGCGGAUCCAUGUAGAAAUGAAAUUCUCUGUAAGGGACUGUAGUAGCAUCCCUAAUGUCCCAGGCUCCUGUAAAGAAACUUUUAAUCUAUAUUACUAUGAAUCAGAUUCUGACACAGCCACCAGAACAUCCCCGGCAUGGAUGGAGAACCCGUGGAUUAAAGUUGACACGAUUGCAGCAGAUGAGAGCUUCUCCCAGGUGGAUCUUGGAGGCAGAGUGAUGAAGAUCAAUACUGAGGUGCGAAGUUUUGGCCCUGUGUCAAAAAAUGGCUUUUACUUGGCCUUUCAGGAUUAUGGCGGCUGCAUGUCACUCAUCGCAGUCCGGGUCUUCUAUAGAAAGUGUCCUCGAAUCAUCACUAACGGGGCAUUGUUCCAGGAGACUCUGUCAGGGGCAGAGAGCACCUCACUGGUGGCUGCAAGGGGUGUUUGUAUCCCUAACGCAGAGGAGGUGGAUGUGCCCAUAAAGCUUUACUGCAAUGGAGAUGGAGAAUGGAUGGUACCCAUCGGACGCUGUAUGUGCAAAGCCGGGAAUGAGGCUGUGGAAAAUGGAACCGUUUGUAGAGCUUGUCCAUCAGGAUUUUUCAAGCCUACUCAAGGAGAUGAGGCCUGUAUGCAGUGUCCCAUCAACAGCCGUACCACAAGUGAGGGUGCCAUCAACUGCGUUUGCCGCAAUGGAUAUUAUCGCACUGACUCUGAUCCUCUCCAGAUGCCAUGCACAACUGUCCCAUCAGCUCCACAGGCUGUGAUCUCAAGUGUGAAUGAAACCUCUGUGAUGCUGGAGUGGAUGCCACCUCGAGAUUCCGGAGGCCGCGAGGACGUGGUCUACAACAUCAUCUGCAAGAGCUGUGGCGGAGGUCGUGGAGGGUGCACCCGCUGCGGGGAUAAUGUUAAAUUUUUACCCCGUCAGCUCGGCUUGACAGAAAGCCGGGUGUACAUUAGUGACCUGUUGGCCCACACGCAGUACACGUUUGAGGUGCAGGCUGUCAACGGGGUGUCAGAUCAGAGUCCCUACUCUCCUCAGUAUGCCUCAGUCAACAUUACCACUAACCAGGCUGCUCCAUCUACUGUAUCCAUAAUGCACCAGGUCAGUCGUACUGUGGACAGCAUCACCCUCUCCUGGUCUCAGCCAGAUCAGCCAAAUGGUGUUAUCUUGGACUACGAACUACAGUAUUAUGAAAAGGAUCAAUCAGAAUAUAACUCUACCACUGUCAGAAGCCAGACCAACACAGCAGUUAUCCGUGGUCUGAAGUCAGGGAGCAUCUAUGUUUUCCAGGUCCGGGCCCGUACUGUAGCUGGGUUUGGUCGCUACAGUGGCAAACUGUACUUCCAGACCAUGACGGAGGAGGAAUACAACACAAGCAUUCAGGAGAAGCUUCCACUCAUCAUAGGUUCGGCAGCUGCAGGAUUGGUUUUCCUCAUUGCUUUGGUUGUCAUCAUCAUCGUUUGUAACCGGAGGCGUGGCUUUGACAGGGGUGAUUCAGAAUACACAGACAAACUGCAGCACUACACCAGCGGCCACAUGUCUCCAGGAAUGAAGAUUUACAUUGAUCCAUUCACAUAUGAGGACCCAAACGAGGCUGUGAGGGAGUUUGCCAAGGAGAUUGAUAUAUCCUGUGUGAAGAUUGAACAGGUCAUUGGUGCAGGAGAGUUUGGGGAGGUGUGCAGCGGCAACCUAAAGCUCCCGGGAAAAAGGGAGAUGUUCGUGGCCAUAAAGACCCUGAAGUCUGGCUACACCGAAAAGCAAAGGAGAGACUUCCUGAGUGAGGCCAGCAUCAUGGGUCAGUUUGACCAUCCUAACGUCAUUCAUCUUGAAGGAGUGGUUACCAAGAGCAGUCCCGUAAUGAUCGUCACUGAGUUCAUGGAGAAUGGAUCCCUUGAUACAUUCCUGAGACAAAACGAUGGGCAGUUUACUGUGAUCCAGCUUGUUGGUAUGCUACGUGGCAUCGCUUCGGGCAUGAAGUACCUAGCCGACAUGAAUUAUGUGCAUCGUGACCUUGCAGCCAGAAACAUCCUGGUCAACAGCAACCUUGUGUGCAAAGUGUCAGACUUCGGCCUCUCACGCUUUUUGGAGGAUGACACAUCAGAUCCUACCUACACCAGUGCUCUGGGAGGGAAGAUCCCUAUCCGAUGGACUGCUCCCGAAGCGAUCCAGUACAGAAAGUUCACCUCAGCUAGCGAUGUGUGGAGCUAUGGGAUUGUCAUGUGGGAAGUCAUGUCCUACGGAGAAAGACCUUACUGGGACAUGACCAAUCAAGAUGUCAUUAAUGCUAUAGAGCAAGACUAUCGGCUGCCCCCGCCGAUGGACUGUCCCAGCGCGCUGCACCAGCUCAUGUUGGACUGCUGGCAGAAGGACCGUAACAACCGUCCAAAGUUUAGCCAGAUUGUUAACAACCUCGACAAGAUGAUCCGCAAUCCCAACACGCUGAAGGCCAUGACUCCUUUAUCUACAGGGGUUCAUCUCCCUCUCCUGGACCGCAGCAUCCCAGACUUCUCCACCUUCAGCACUGUGGAUGAGUGGCUGGAUGCCAUCAAGAUGGGCCAGUACAAAGAAAACUUUGCCAGUUCUGACUUUUCAACAUUUGAUGUGGUGUCUCAGAUGACCAUGGAUGACAUCCUGAGGGUUGGUGUGACUUUAGCAGGCCAUCAAAAGAAGAUCCUGAACAGUGUCCAGAUGAUGCGUGCACAGAUGAACCAGAUUCAGUCAGUGGAGGUUUGACCCUCCUGAGAGGAGCAGAGGGGGAAAAAGGUGUUGGGAGACAAGGCUCUGGACGUGGAGGAUGGAGUGUAUUUUCUUUUUUCCCGUGUGGCAUUGUGUCUGGUCUUCCCACCAGGCUUACCAUCAAGCCCCACGUUCCCCUGUUCUGUUCCCUCUCUCCUCCUCCUCCCCAUUCUCCCUAACUCUCCCUCCAUGCUUGGGAUAAGUUGUGGAGAGCUGUGAGAUGACACAAGUCAAAAUGAUGAAGAAUCCAGGCAGCCCACAGCCAAAACCCACAAUUAGAGCCAGAAAAAUGGGAGGUUAAGAAGUGACCAGCAAAUAAUUUUUCAAUCUUCAGUUUUAUUUGUUUCAGCAUUUAUUACCCUGUUUUGGUUUGUUUAUUUUGCUAAUUUUGUAAAGAUUUUUUUAAAGAAAAGAGAAAAACUGAUAAGAAAAGGAGUUUAUCUAAAUUUAUAGAUGAUAUAAGGCUGUACACUAGAUGAACUGAGUAGGAAAGCUACCCUUUAAAAGGGCAAAAAAAGAAACGAAGAAACGAAGGACGAGUUUCUGGAGAACAUCCUCAACAUGGUGUCUUGGUUUUAAUUUUGGACAGUAUGUGGAAACACAGAGUUCUCUGUGGCCUUCUGCAAGAAAAAGGGGGACUUGGCACACAUGUCCGACUUGUGCCACAGGUAUAAAAAAGAAAAAUAUUACAAGUCAUGAAAUGGACAACUUGUGGCACAGAUGGACAAAUCAUGCAGUGAAUUCAGCUUGAAAGUAAAUGGGAAAAAAAACGACUUUUUUCUCACCGCGAGAAACUUUUAAUGUGUUUGACAUUUUGUAUUGAAGAGUCCCUCUUACUAUGCUUCCUCUAACUAAAGACUAGUUUAUUUUUUUUCACAGUGGAAUAUUCACCGUCUGCCAAAUAGAACUCUUCCCCUUUGCAGUCUAGUCAUGAUCCUGUACUGUACAUAUCAGAUGCACUUGACCUGCCAUAACAUGACUCAGAGAUAGUUAUUGUAGGUGAUUAGUUAAAGAGCUGAAGACAUGACUACAGGGAGGUAUUAAGUAGUUGUUGCCUCUAGCUGUAUCAUUUUAGCUUGUGUGAAAAACAGCAAAACUGACUUCCAGCAGAGAUUCUUAGAAAAAGAUUAAAAAAAAAACAGGUUCUACUGUUUACUUCCAACUCAAUAUAAAGACAAAAAAAAAACAGUUACAGCAUCCUCCUUCAUGGUGUUUAUUUCAAGUGCCGUCUGUGUGUAUGUGCACAUGUUGCACUCACAUGCAGAAAAAGAAAAAGGUCGCUUCUAACAGUGUCGGAUCUUGUGUUUGAUAGCAUGCUGAGUGAGUGGUUAAUUUCACAGUGCUUUGAUUUGCAGCGAUUAGUCUAGCGAUAUAUUAGUAUUCUUCCAGUUUUCCUAUUUAAAAAAGGAUGUUUAUGCUUAAAUGAUUAAAGUUUUGAUACCAUACAGUUGUUUUACAUUCACACAGUCAAGUCACAAUGAUACAUUUGUUAAAUAAAAACUAAAAAGUGUGUUAUAUUAUUUCAAUUCUGGUAUGAAUAUUUUUAAAUUUCUAUUGUUCCCAUGAGGUUUUUUUUUUUUUGCACUGAGUUUAUUUUUGCUGCCAACUCUCUGGAUCUUCCUCCAUCGGUUUGCAUUUAGUUUUGAAGGACAAAUCAUGCACAAAACCUAUGUAGAUAAACAGCUUUACCUUGUAAAGGCUUCCAUUUUCUUCACAUGUAUGCAUUAAUUGUAUAUUAUUUUAUGAGGACUAAUUGUCACACGAGUACAGAACUGCCAGUCAUGGUUUGUGUUGUUGCCGUUAACUUGUUGUAGGUUUUGUGAGUGGAGGGGGAGUUCAAGAAAACCCAGUGAAUCUUCAAAGAUAGUGAAACAGACAGGGGUUUAUGCACACAACCAAUAAAUGAUAAGCAGUAAUGCCGAGCUCCUGCCGGGCUCUCCCCUCAGAGCUGACAGACAGACAUGGACGUCCAGCUGUGAGCCAUCGGUCAGAUGUGUCUGGUCACAGUGGGGUGGCUGCACCCUGAUCACAGCUACUCUGCCCGGGCACCGAUUUCAUCUCUCUAUCCUCCUGAUAACACACAUGCCUGUCGACCACCUGUCAAACGGCAUCUUUUGAUCUACUCUUAGUCGGCUUUUGCCAGUUGUCCAGUUCCGUCUCGACGUGUUUAAAAUGCAUCAGCAGCAGAAGGCACAUUAACAUUCGACAGCGUGGCAGUUGUGUCUUGUCUUGUCCUAAUGGUAUGAGCCACUGAGAUUCCUCCAGACUGGACAAUCCUUCUCAUGUUUGCUUGAACCAAAUCCUCAGACGCUGACCUGAGUUUUCAUGUUUUCACUAUAGGCAGCUUUGGCACCAAACACUGUCUUUGGAGAAAGAGGGAAACCUCAGUUACUGAAACACUGUCAUCAUACCUUAUGUUACCCCACCUUAUGUUAUUAACUUUGAAUCAGAGAGGGAUUGAUUUUCUUUCUUCUUUUUCUCUGCAGCAGUAUAAAUAACAAAUAUUGCCCUGAAAUCUUUUCAUAAUUCAAUCAUUUCAUUCAUGCGUUCAAAUGCAUGAAUCUUUUCAUAAUAUGUUUAUAAAAGCAGAGUAGAAUCAUGAGUCGCAGUCAAAAUGGGGAAGUGAAGUGAGAGACAAUACCGUGACCUAAAUGCCACCAAUAUUUCGUUUUUACUGACCUUUAGCUUCUCCCAUCUUUCAUUUCUCAGUAUGUAACAGCUCAUUAGUUUUGUUUUAAAAUCCAGCAUGUCUUCUCACAGUACGGGAAAACACUCCAUCAUCAAGAAAAGCACUUAAUGCGCAGGAAAUUAAUUUGCAGUAUGCGAGAGGCUGGCAAGGUACAGUGUUUCUUUACUCCAGCCCCAUUAUAGCUCAUUCAGAUGCUUGUCUGUGGAUGCUGCCAAGAUUUUAAGGUAGUUCCUUAAAGCAAAUGUCAAGAAUAAUUGUUUGAUUAAUAACUCAAGAGAGAAUGAGAAUAUUUCAUUCCCCCUGCUGUCUCAGUUUAGUUUGUUGUUUUCUCAGCAAGGUAGGAACUAUUGUUUGUUCUGCAUAAUGACAUUUUUAAAAAGUCUUAUCUUAUUCUAAAUAUACUGUAUAGAGAACACAUUCAACAGUGGGACCCCAUGUUUAUUUAAUCAAUUGAAUACAGACUGUUAAAAAUGUAUAAAAGACGAGGUUUCUGAUUCAUCUGUGACACAUUUUAUAAUAAAAAUAACGACACAGAAAUUUCCCUCCCUGUAAUAUUUUUUUUUUAUUCUCUCUGAAAUGAGACAGAAUAUUAGAUGUAAGUGCCUCAAACAGCAAUGGGCAUCACAAGUAAAAAAUAUAUUUGGACAUGCGAUAAUAUUUGGUCAAUGAGACAGUUGUUGAGAUAAAUAUAAAUAUAUAUAUAUAUAGAUAGAUAUCUAUCUAUAUAUAUUAAAAAAAAAAAAAAUAUAUAUAUAUAUAUAUAUAUAUAUAUAUAUAUAUAUAUAUAUAUAUAUAUAUAAUCUUCAAUGUGCCAAUAUUUAAGGGAUGGAGGAAAAGCGCUAAGUCUCAGUGUUGCAUGAUCGUGUGCUUGAACAUGAGCUGAUCCAGGUUAUAAAAAAGUUGGCCUCAUGUUUUAAACAGUAAAACAUUCUCCUUUACUGGCUGCAACGUAAAGCACCAGGGCGCCCUCUACUGAUGUGUUUCAAAUGUUGGACUGACAUUUUGAAGCGCAUUCAGUUUGUGAAUACUGCACCAGGCAAAUAUCCAGUGGUUUGGGGACUUGAACUAGCUGCUGAUGGACAAAAACUGGCUGCUGCUAACAGUAAGCCCGUGUAUGUUCCCUGUUGGACAAUGUACAUUUGUACCAUUACAGCAUCCUGACACAUUUGUUCUCCGGUUUGACUGUGUGUUCCCCUCUGUUGCUUCCACCUUCCCCCAACAACCACCCCCUCCACCACUACCACUCUGGCUCCUGGUUAGUGCAGUAAGGGGUAUAUCCCUGUUCCACUGAUAAUGCCCACAUAAUAGACCAGUGCCGGUUCAGACCACUGUGACUGAUGUGGGAGAUCCUGUAUUUCUGUAUAAAUGUAUAUUGACUGUAACCCUGUGAAUGAUGUAACAAUUUCAUUAUUUGUAAUAUUGUCAUUGUUUUAUUUUCUAAAAAUGGAAAGCCAAAUUGACUCUCCUCAAUAAAAAUAAGAUCUGUUAUGAAAAACAGAAAA